CAAAAUCUUUUAGGAGGGGAGGUGUGACGAUGUCAACACCAUUUGUUGAGAGCACUCUACUCCAUUUGUUCCCCAGUGCAUGGCUGUGAUCUUACUGACACCUGUGUAGUUUCAUUCUUACUAAUCAACUUUUAAAAGCUCAUAUAAAAUUAUGUAAUUUUCCCUCAGGUGAUGACGACAUAAUAUCGUUGUCUGUCGGUGCACUGAGUGCUGUGUUACGUACAGCGACUGACCAUCCCUGCUUGUUGAUCCUCCUCACAGAUGGCUCUGCCUACUACAGCUCGGUCUUCAAGGUCUGCGUCCACACAUUAUCCUCAAAUCAAAUAACAUUUCACUGAAAGCAAUAUUAUUUUGAUCCUGUUGCUAGAUAACAUUACACAGAACUGUUUAUACCUUUGAACGUUGUGCUAUAAUUAUGGUUCUCUUCUACAUAUUUCAUCAGCUGAUAAACCAGCUGAAGACGCCUUGCUUGUUUGGAUUCUUCGAGGUAUCAGCCGGCAGCCAUGAUGCAAACUUUCUUCAGAAGCAACUCUCAAAAUUUGCCACAGAGGCACAACGGGUGUGUCACAUAAUUAUCUGCUUCUGUGAUUAUUUAUAGGAUAAAAUGUUUGUUUAUAAUAAUGUUUAGUCAAUGAAAUCUCUCAUUUCCUGUAUGUUCUCAAUUCAUACGUCAGAAGAAGAGACGCCAUAGGUCAGCUUAACAUGGUUAAUGUUCUUACACCAUUGACUGGUUGGCUUUUACUUGUGUUAUUAUUUAUGGGGUGUUGUCGUCCACAGCUGCGGCAGGUGUCGUGGUGCGUGACAGUGGUGGUGGUGAGCGACGACCUCGCCUUCCUCGCCACCUUCGCCAGGACGUCUAACAACAGCCGACUUUUAGUACCAGAAACGAGGCUCCUGGCGAUCACCCGCCAGCCACUCGUACAGCUGGAGGUGGUUAAAGAGACAUUCUCCCUCAAGAACGCCAUGUUCCUGGUCGUGAACACCAGUUCCGGAUCCCUCAGGUGCGGGGUGUACCUGCAGGUGCCGUACAGUCCCCUGGACGCCCAGGCGCUGCAGGUGGCCUCCUGGACGCCCCAGCGAGGCCUCGCUCUCACCUCCAGCCUCCCGCUCUUCCCAGACAAGUUCUCAAGGUUCCUCCAUAGGCCCAACUUGAGAGUGGUGUCUGUGGAGUCCACCUCGCACAGACUUGUCCUAGUGGACGAUCCAGAGGUUCCUGGGAAGAAGAGAAUUACCUUCGAGGGAAUCAUGGCCAAUGUUAACGACUAUCUUGCCAAAGCUCUCAAUUUUACGUACACCUACGUCAUGCCCGCCGAUGGCUCCUGGGGCAUCAUGAGAGAGGACGGGUCCUUCUCUGGCAUGAUGGGCCUGAUGACCUCAGGGACCGGGGACAUUGGUCUCGGACCAUUCGGACUGACUCCUGAGCGCUCCGAGGUGGUCGACUUCACUUACCCUCUUCACAUCGCUGCCAUUAAAAUUCUGGCGAGUGGCAGCCGAGCCGAAGGGGACACGUGGAGCUUCCUGUUGCCUCUGGCGCCGCUGGUGUGGGUUGCCACUCUCUCAACACUGGCAAUAUUGCUUGCAACAUAUUACAUCAUGUCUUCGUGCGUCUUUAAGGAACACCACAUGAUGAAGAAUGCCAUUAACUUAGUUCGAAUAUUUCUGCAGCAAGCUGAUCUAUCCAUAACCAACCUUAACAUGCAUCCCUUCAUCAUUGACAACAAAAAUGAGAAAUCUUCACAUGUAGAAGGUUUACGAUUUUCUUACAUAGCACUGCAGUGCUCCUCAGCAAACACCAACGACAACGCACCGGUGAAUAAGCUGUCCCUUCUUGGAAUAUGCUUGACAGUGAAGGUGUAUUCUUGGGAGAACAUCGGCCACUGGAGAACCUGA